AUGGAUGUCAAGGCGGCCCCCAACGGGGUAGCCACUAUCGAGGACCGGAUCCUGCGGAUUACUGGCUACUAUGGCUAUUACCCGGGUUACUCCAGCCAGAAAAGUACCUCCAGAUCAUCAGUCACUCGAUGCAAACCAGGAUCCAACUGCCCCAGUUCCCACAGCAGCAUCAGCAGGCAACUGUCCCCUCUAACUGUUACCGAAGACUCUGCUGCUCCUAUUCUUGAACUCCAGAGCCGAGGACCCUCCGGAGUUUGUGGACACAGGGUUGAGAGACAGAGCAGAGCAGGGGAUGAUGGGACACAGACUCAUCCUGAGAGCAGUGGCCAAGAAAGCAGACUCAAGGCUCGCUGCCUGUCCUGCACAUCCGUGGUCCUGAAGGCCGUCUGGGGACUCUUGAUCAUCUUCUCAGUGUCAUCGUCCUGGGUUGGAACCACGCAAAUCGUCAAAAUUACUUACAAGAAUUUUUACUGUCCCUUUUUCAUGACAUGGUUUUCGACAAACUGGAACAUUAUGUUUUUCCCUGUCUACUAUUCUGGCCAUCUAGCCACAGCUCAAGAAAAGCAGUCACCAAUGAAAAAAUUCAGGGAAUGCAGUCGGAUUUUUGGUGAAGAUGGCCUGACGCUGAAGCUCUUUCUUAAAAGAACUGCUCCUUUUUCUAUUCUGUGGACUUUGACAAAUUACCUGUAUUUACUGGCUUUAAAGAAGCUGACGGCCACUGACGUCUCUGCUCUGUUCUGUUGCAACAAAGCCUUUGUCUUCUUGCUGUCCUGGAUUGUGCUGAAAGACAGGUUCAUGGGAGUGCGGAUAGUUGCCGCAAUAAUGGCAAUUACGGGCAUUGUCAUGAUGGCAUACGCAGACAAUUUCCAUGCUGAUUCUAUCAUAGGUGUGGCAUUUGCAGUGGGCUCAGCCUCUACAUCUGCGUUAUAUAAGGUUCUGUUUAAGAUGUUUCUUGGAAGUGCCAACUUUGGCGAAGCCGCACACUUUGUCUCCACCUUGGCUUUCUUCAACUUGGUCUUCAUCUCCUUCACCCCCAUCAUCCUGUACUUCACCAAAGUGGAGCACUGGUCCUCCUUCGCAGCCCUGCCCUGGGGCUGUCUCUGCGGGAUGGCAGGGCUAUGGCUUGCAUUCAACAUCCUGGUGAACGUCGGAGUAGUGCUGACAUACCCAAUCCUCAUCUCCAUUGGCACAGUGCUCAGCGUCCCUGGCAACGCAGCUGUGGACCUCGUGAAGCAGGAAGUGAUCUUCAACGUGGUCCGCCUGGCCGCCACCAUCAUUAUCUGUCUCGGGUUUCUUCUGAUGCUGCUGCCUGAGGAGUGGGACGAAGUCACCCUGAGAUUUAUCAACAGCCUGAAGGAGAAGAAGAGCGAGGAGCAUGCAGAGGACCUGGCAGAUGUCAGCGUGCACCUACGGAGCAGAAGCAGGGCCAACGGGACAGUGUCCAUACCGCUGGCGUGA